AGGUUGGGAGUUGUCCUGUUCUGUCCCCAGAGCACACAGUCCAGCACACGGUGGUGACACACACACAGACCUGCCUGGAACCAUGGGACCCUACCAGCUGUACACCUGGCUUGGCAUUGUUCCCUGUGGCCUCCUGCUGCUCCUCACCCUGGCCCAGGGCCAGGACUCUGACAGUCCCAUCAGGACCACACAUUCUGGGCAGGUGCGGGGGAGCCUGGUCCAUGUGGAAGGCACUGAUGUGGGAGUCCACACCUUCCUGGGCAUUCCCUUUGCCAAGCCACCUCUGGGACCACUGCGCUUUGCACCUCCUGAACCUGCUGAAGCUUGGAGUGGAGUGAGGGAUGGCACCUCCCACCCUGCCAUGUGUCCACAGGACCUUGCUGUGCUAGCACUGGAUAUUGUGAAUGUCUCGUCCCUGAUGUCCAUCCCCAUGUCCGAGGACUGCCUGUACCUCAGCAUCUAUGCACCUGCCCAUGCCAGUGAGGGCUCCAACCUGCCUGUGAUGGUGUGGAUCCACGGGGGUGGGCUGGUUGCAGGCAUGGCUUCCAUAUAUGACGGCUCUGCCCUGGCAGCCUUUGAGGACGUGGUGGUGGUCACCAUCCAGUACCGCCUCGGCAUCCUGGGAUUCUUCAGCACCGGAGACCAGCACGCCAGUGGCAACUGGGGCUACCUGGACCAAGUGGCUGCACUGCGCUGGGUGCAGCAGAACAUUGCCCACUUUGGAGGCAACCCUGACCGGGUCACCAUAUUUGGUGAGUCCGCGGGAGGCAUAAGCGUGUCCUCACAUGUAUUGUCACCCAUGUCGCAAGGACUCUUUCAUGGAGCCAUUAUGCAGAGUGGGGUGGCCGUGAUGCCUGGCUUCAUCACCAACUCAUCUGAAAUGGUCUCUGUGGUGGUGGCCAACCUGUCUGGCUGUGGCCAGGUGGACUCUGAGACCCUGGUGGGCUGCUUGCGUGCCAAGAGUGAAGAGGAAAUGCUGGAGAUUUCAAAGGCCUUCAAGAUGAUCUCCGCGGUGGUGGAUGGCAUCUUCCUGCCCAGACAUCCCUAUGAGCUGCUGGCCUCUGCUGACUUCCAACCCGUUCCCAGCAUCAUCGGUGUUAACAACGAUGAAAGUGGCUGGAUCCUCCCCAAGCUCAUGGGUGUUGAAGACCCACAGAAGAAAAUGGACAGAGCAGCCAUGGAGACACUAAUACAGCAGACAUCUGAGCAAUGGAUGAUGCCUUCUGGACAAGAGUUGGUGGACGAGUAUCUGGGUGACAAUGAGGAUCCCAAGACCCUCAUGGCUCAGUUCCGGGACAUGAUGGCUGAUGCCAUCUUCGUGAUGCCUGCGCUCCAUGUUGCACAUUUUCAGUGUUCCCACGCCCCUGUCUACUUCUACGAGUUCCAGCAUCCACCCAACUUCAUGAAGGACUUCCGGCCAUCACACGUGAAGGCCGACCAUGGUGAUGAGAUUAUCUUUCUCUUCAGAUGCAAUUUCUUUGUGAGAAAAGUGACUCUCACUGAAGAGGAGGAGCUGCUGAACAGGAGGAUGAUGAAGUACUGGGCCAACUUUGCUCGCACUGGGAACCCCAAUGGCGAGGGCCUGCCACACUGGCCCGUCUUGGACCAAGAGGAGCAGUACCUGCAGUUGAGCACACAGCCUGCAGUGGGCCGGGCCCUGAAGGCCCACAGGCGCCAGUUCUGGAUGCAGACUCUGCCCAAGAAGAUGCAGGAAUUGAUCAGAGCUGAGCAGAAGAAGCACGUGGAGCUGUAGCAGCCUGUGUCAGGAAGGAUGACCCUGGCCCAACACACAGGCUGUCACUCACCUGCCCUCUGGCUCCUCAGCCCACCCUUGUGAAGGACCUACUCCCCAGAGCUCCCUCCCCAGCCUGCCUUGGGUGCCCUGCACCAUAUUUUCUCAACAUCGCCCCCAUAAGGCAUCACACUGGCUGAUGCCCAGUUUUCACAUCUCCCACUGGCCCAAGGUCACUCUGCCCUUCUCAUCUCCUCCUCCACCCUCUCUCUCCUCCACUCCUAGCCCUAGUUCCUCCCCACUCAUUGGGAGCUGCUUCAGUGGUUGAGGUUGCUCUGGGUAUCAGAGCCCUCAUCCUCGUCACGGCACACCCUACGCCCUCAGGUCUGUAAGUGGUCCACAGGGUACCUGAGCACUGGGAGCCGCUGUGUCCUAGUGCCCUCAGGCUGCCAUACGUGGCCUCUUCCCAUUCCCUGCAUGUUACCACAAAUAAAAAAGCUCCCAUUCCUUAUAGCUGAGAAAUACUCAUCUGGGUAACUGUGACACACUAUAAUUCCCUGUCUUCCACUCCCUCUCUAACUCUGCCUUUCAAGUAAAAUAAAUAAAUCUUUAAACAGACACAUAAGCAUAUAUUAGA